CCGCGCCUCCCUCGGUCCCUCCCCCUGCCUCCCUCACCACCCCCACAACCCCCGCGCAACAGGCAACGGCCCCCCAACCCCCACGCCGGCAGCCGAUGGCUGUUGCCGCCGGCGAGCUGGACCGUCGGGUGAUGGCGGCGGUGAAGGCCUCCGCGGCGCGCGGCGACCCGCCACUCCUCCAGGCCGCCAAGGCCGCGCGCUGCGCCCGCGAGGCCUCCACACCCGCCUCCGCCUCCGCCUCGGGCGGCCUCGCGCUCGCGCCGGCGCUGGUGGCGAACCUGUGCUUCGCGCACAACACGGCCGCGAUGUGGAAGCUGCUAGACCAGGCCAUGGCGUCCCGCCUCGUGUUCCCGUUUCAUACCCUCGCCCUCCUCACCCCAAGGGUGGUGCCGAACAGGCGGGAGCAACCGGAGGCGUACAGGCUGUACCUCGAGCUGCUCGGCCGGUACAUGGCCACGUCGGUUUGCUCGGAGAGCGCGGAGACCAAGGCCAUGAUAGCUAAAUCUAUUGAUGAUGCCAUGCAGCUUUCACAUAGAUAUGGGUUUCCACAAUUGGAUUUUGGACAUACUGUUAUUAUGUUUGUAUUAAGUCUUAUCGAAAUAUUGAUUGAUUCCAUUUUAGAAGAUUUUGGCUUGGCAAUUAUCUCUGCUGAUGAGCAUGAUGGUACAUAUAUAAUUGGAGUAAACAAAAACAUGGAUACAGAUGGCAAGGGAAGUUUAUUUGACAGGAAACAUGAGCACCGUGAGUACCUAAGGAGAGAAAACAUGCUAUUGGCAUUAGAAGUUGUUGAGAAGAUCACUGCAAAAAAGUGGGCCCAACUUUUCCUUCGGCUUGUCUAUCGUAACACACCUGAAAAUUUCAAUAAUCUACUUCGGAGACUUCAUCUUAUUGGUGCUCUUAAAUCGAAGAACGUUGUACCUGCUAACAACCUUCUAGAGAAUUUGAUUAUGAAUAUCCAGAAAGUUAUAAGCACUGGGUAUCAAUUAGGCAGGAGUAGGCUGUUCGGAGUUCUUGUUGUUAGGACACAACCUAGCAGUUCAGCUGCAUGCAGUAUUUUUGGAGCUGGAAAGGGAUCUUGCUGGAUUCCUUUUGACAUGUUUAUGGAGAAUUCAAUGGAUGGAAGACAUCUUCGUGCCAUAUCAUCAAUUGAAUAUCUGACAGAACUCUCCAAAACACUUCAAGUGUUAAAUCGGGCAACCUGGCAAGAGACCUUUCAAGCUCUAUGGAUUUCAGCUUUGCAGCUUAUACAACGAGGCCCAGACACUCUGGAAGGACCGUUUCCUCAACUUGAUUCACGAUUGUGCAUGUUGUUAGCUAUUGUCCCCUUGUCCAUUGCAACUAUUGUUAAGGAAGAGGCUGACAAACUGGAAGGGGGAAUGGUCUCUAUUAGAAGAGGAGAGUUAGUGUCUUCGCUUCAGGUUUUGCAGCAAUUUUUUGGUCUUCUUUCACCUCCUCCAGCAGCUGUGCAUUUGGCAAAUACUGCAGCUAGGAAAGCGGCAGUUGUUCUAUCUGAUUUGAAGGCUGCAAAUGAGAACUUUUACAGUUCCUCCAAAGAACGUUCAUCUGUUAGAGCAGUGGGAAAUAUGCUACACCUUAUUGUGGAAGCCUGUAUUGCAAGGAACUUAAUUGAUACAUCUGCUUAUUUCUGGCCUGGCUACGUGGUACCAAUUGAAGAUUCUGCUGUCCAGGAAUACCCUUGGUCAGCCUUAAGAGAAGGGUCUCCACUUAUGGGACUUAAGGAUGCACUUAUGGUUACACCUGCUUCGAGUAUAGCAGAGUUGGAGAAAUUGUACUCUUUUGCAGUAAGUGGCACAGAGGAGGAAAAGGUGUCGGCUUCAAAGAUUUUGUGUGGGGCAACACUUCUUCGUGGCUGGAACAUUCAGGAACAUACUGUCCUAAUGGUGCUUAAGUUGCUGUCGACAUUCCUCCCUCUGGAUUCUGGAUCAGAUGGGCGAUAUAUACACAACAUGCCUAUGCUCCAUGCUCUCAUAUCUGGGAUUUUUUCUGUUGACACUGUUCAUAUUCUCUCAAUGUAUGGCUUGGUUCCAGAAGUAGCUGCCAUGUUAAUGCCUCUGUGUGAGAUAUUUGGCUCCUUACCUCCGUCUGACCAUAGGAGUUGCAAUUUUGAAGAGGCUUCCGUGUACUCAGUAUUCUCAUGUGCUUUCCUGUCCCUUCUUCGUUUGUGGAAAUUCCAUAGAUCCCCUAAUGAGAAUGCAAUAUCAAGACGCGGAGUCUCUAUUUGUUCAGAGCUCCGUUUGGAUUUUCUCUUGCUGUUACGUAAUAGUCUCUUUCCUUUGAAAAAUCUAUAUAAUGUUAGUAGAACAAACAUAUUUCAAUUAGAUCCAUCAUUUCAAAAGCCAGCGGAUAUUGACUCAUUUCCAAAGCUAAGGGCAUGGUACUUCCAGGAUCAGGCUUGCAUAUCCUCCAGUCCUUCUAGUGCUUGCAAUAGGACAAGUGUCCUCCAUGUGGCAAACACAAUACUAAAUGUUAUAUGCCGUAAAAUGACAAAAGUUGGUAUCUUGUCCAUCAGUCCCCAAUCAACAUCAAAUUCCACUAUGAGUAGUUCACCUGCAGGUGUACAUGAAGAUAUCUGUGAGUGGCCUCCUGUACCUGCAUGGGAAAUUCUGGAAGCUGUUCCUUUUGUGCUUGAGGCUGUGUUAACUGCAUGCGCUCAUGGGAAGCUUUCAUCCCGUGAUUUGAUUACAGGUCUAAGAGAUCUUGUGGAUUUCUUGCCUGCUUCUCUUGCUGCUAUUGUCAGCUACUUUUCAGCAGAAGUUACUCGUGGCAUAUGGAAGCCAGUUAUGUUGAAUGGAACGGACUGGCCCAGUCCAGCUGCAACUCUUCAGGCAGUUGAAUCUGAGAUAAAAGAAGUUCUUGCAUUUGCUGGCGUUCACUUCAUCAUCUCUCCGCAACCACGUUCACUGAUGCCAAUGCUUCCAUUACCAAUAGCAGCUCUAAUCAGUUUGUCAAUAACAGUCAAGAUAGAGGAAUUUAGUCACCUGCACGGUAUCAUUGGCCAAGGAGUGGAAAUUUGUGCAACAUCUAGUUCAUUGCCUAGCAUGCCAAUCAUAGGUGCAUUGUGGUCCCAGAAAGUACGGCGGUGGCAUGAUUUUAUCAUCCUAGCAUGCUCACAGUCCCCCUUCACCCGCGAUAACAACGCGGUAGCUCAACUCAUCAGGAGUUGCUUUUCAUCUUUCCUUGGACCUUCGGUUGAUGGACGCUCUUACUUGGUAGAAAACAGAGGAGUCACUGGUCUGCUGGGGAAGACUGUUAAUAAUGGAGCACCUCGGCUUUCUGUAUCACCAGGAUUUCUUUACAUGCGGUCUUGCUGGUUAUUUCCAGACAACAUUUUUGUUUGUGAAGAGAUUUUGAAGGUGGUCAUUGAGAGAGCCCGUGCCCUGGCAAAUGGUUGUGGUUCUGACAGACCUGCUCGUUUGAGGUCAGUCUGCAUGCCGCUAUCUUCUGCCUCUUCUUCGGUAGAACAGAUAGCAUCACUUGCAGCAACUAUGCUUUGUCAUGCUGGCGGGGUGAAUUUGAUCCGUCUGUUGUAUGAGCAUAUUCUGCCUACUUUGCUGCUUUCAUCUGGAGAAGAGAAGCUUGGUACUGCUGGGCAGGUGUGCAGCAUAUUUGAAGGAUUUGCAUUGGCAUAUGUUCUCCUCUUGUCUGGGGCCAGCAUCUGGGGAGUGGGAGAAACGUCGCCAGCUUACACUUCAAUAUACACAUCAAAGAGGCAACGGGUUGUAGAUAGGCACUUAGGGUUCAUGGCGAAGGUUAUGGAGGGUAACGUUGUGCUGGGCUGUGGCGAGGCCACAUGGAGGGCCUAUGUUCUCUGUUUUGUGGGCUUGCUGGUUGACUUUGUGCCGACAUGGAUUCCCGAGGUGAAGCUUGAGACGCUACAGAAAUUGGCGUCUGGGCUUCGGAAAUGGCAUGAAGGUGAUCUUGCCCUCUCUUUGCUUGAGCGAGGGGGAUCCAAGGCCAUGACUUCGGUGGUUGAAUCUCUUCUGUGAUAUGCUGACGUUCAACUGGUACUUAGUAUAGUUUUCUAUGACAACUUGGUUCUUUACAUAUUAAAUCUUACUAAUCAGAAAAAUGCUUGUUCAUAUUGUGGAGCAGCUAAGGCUACACUACAGAAUGGACGCCAAGCAGUUAGUUCAUAUCUGUUACAGCUCCAGUGAUAUUUACAUGUCAUUUACAGGCAGAUCUUACUCUGGCGUGUGUAUAAAAUCCAUGGAAUAAUGGGAAGUUAGUGUUAGAAAAUAUCUUCUACCAUCUUGUCUUGCU